CGAUCCACUUACAGUCUUACACCCAUACUAAAAUUUGUCAAAAUAAAUACUGGUAGUAAACCGUUGGCAAUUUUUGGCAAAACCCCAAUAGAAGAGUGGGAAGGUUUAUCUCUUCAUUCACAUUUCCCACCAUUUCUUCACAACCUUUUCUGCAACAUCUUCCCUUAACCACUGCGUCUCUUCUUCUCUGACGCUCAUUCUAAUGACAGCAAUAACUUCUCAAUUUCAAUCUUCAUUAAACUUCACCCAACAAUUACACCCCAAUCAUCAUCAUCAAUCUUACUCAAAUCCCAUAAAAUCCACCAUUUACCCAACAAAACCCACCUCCCAAACUCCCAAAAAAAUCAAAACUUUACCUUUGAAAACAAAUUCUGAUGGCAAGAAAUCCACAAAAAACCCAGGAAAAUGGGAGAGAAAGAAGCAAGGCUAUGUAGAUUAUGACAAAGGAGAACAUCAUGUGAGCGAGCACGUGAGUGGUUUGAGGAAGGAUGAUAUUCCUAGAAGGUACAGGAUUAAGGUGCAAGCAGAUAAGUUUCAGAAGGAUUGGUCUAUUACUCAGGUGGUUCAGAAGAUUUUGGCUUUAAAUACUGGGGAUGAUAUUGAGGGUAUUUUGAAUCAUUGGGUUGGCAGGUUUGCUAGGAAGAAUUAUCCUGUUCUAAUUCAGGAGUUGACUCAGUUGGGUUCUAUUGAGCAUGCAAUUCAUGUCUUCAGUUGGAUGAAAAAUCAGAAGAAUUAUUGUGCACGGAAUGACAUAUACAAUAUGAUGAUCAGAUUACAUGCCAGGCAAAAUAAUGUAGAUCAGGCUCGUGGCUUAUUUUUUGAGAUGCAAAAGUGGAAGUGCAAGCCAGAUGCUGAAACCUAUAAUGCUCUCAUCAAUGCCCAUGGUAGAGCUGGUCAAUGGCGUUGGGCUACAAAUAUUAUGGAAGAUAUGCUUCGUGCAGCUAUUCCUCCAAGUCGAUCAACAUAUAAUAACUUGAUCAAUGCGUGUGGAUCUUGUGGAAAUUGGAGAGAGGCUCUUAAAAUCUGCAAACAAAUGACUGAUAAUGGAGUUGGGCCUGACUUGGUAACACACAACAUCAUUUUGUCUUCCUAUAAAACCGGUGCUCAAUAUUCUAAAGCUUUGUCCUAUUUUGAACUUAUGAAAGGGACAAAUAUACGCCCUGACACUACAACUCUUAACAUCGUAAUAUACUGCCUGGCAAAACUUGGUCAUUAUGAGGAAGCUGUUGGUGUUUUAAAAUCUAUGAGAGAGAAGAAAUCUGAGUGUCGCCCUGAUGUAGUAACAUUUACUAGCAUCAUGCAUAUGUACUCCGUUUGUGGGGAAUUUGAGAAUUGCAAGGCUGUGUUUCACAUAAUGCUUGGUGAGGGUCUUAAACCCAAUAUUGUGGCUUACAACACUCUGUUGGGUGCAUAUGCCUCUCAAGGAAUGAGUGAAGAAGCGCUGAAAGUGUUCAAUGAGAUGAAGCAAUAUGGUAUUCGUCCAGAUGUUGUGUCUUACACUUCUCUACUUAAUGCCUAUGGAAGGUCACAAAAACCGAAAAAGGCAAAGGAAGCAUUUGACUUGAUGAAGAAACAUUGCUUGAAGCCAAAUAUCAUUAGUUAUAAUGCACUUAUUGAUGCUUAUGGUUCAAAUGGUUGUUUAGCUGAGGCAGUGGAAGUAUUGCGUGAAAUGGAAAGAGAAGGUAUUCAGCCUAACGUUGUCUCAAUAUCUACUCUUCUGGCAGCAUGUGGUCACUGUUAUGAGAAGGUAGUAAUCGAUUCAGUACUUUCAGCAGCUGAGAAGCGAGGCAUUGAGUUAAAUUUAGUUGCUUAUAGCACAGCAAUUGGAAGCUAUAUGAAUGUUGGAGAAUUUGACAAGGCAUUAUCUCUGUUUAAAGCUAUGAGGGAAAAGAAUGUGAAACCAGACUCUGGCAUAUACAAUGUGCUGAUAAGUGGUUGUUGUAAGGUGUCAAAGUAUGAUCAGGCUAUUAAUUUUCUUAACGAAAUGACAGAUUUGAACAUUCCUGUCACCAAGGAGGUGUACUCCUCUGCUAUCAGUGCCUAUAGUAAGCAGGGACGAUUGGCAGAGGCAGAUUCUAUGUUUACUAGAAUGAAAACAGCUGGUUGUCAACCUGAUGUCAUUACAUAUACAAAAAUGAUUCACGCCUAUAGUGAAGCUGAGAAGUGGGACAAAGCAUGUGCAAUUUUUCAGGAGAUGGAGGCAAAUGAUAUCCAACCUGAUGUUGUCGCCUGUUCAGCUUUGAUGAGGGCAUUCAAUAAAGGAAGUCAACCAGCUAAAGUUCUUAUCUUACUGGAGUAUAUGAAAGAAAAAAACCUUCCACUUAGUAAUGCCGUGCACUUUGAAGUCUUAUCUGCCUGUAGCUUGCUUCGGGAUUGUGAAACGGCAAUCAAUCUGAUUAAUGUGAUGGAACCUACAUUCCUUAAAAUCUCUACUGGUUUUCUGAAUCACCUGUUGCAAUUUCUUGGAAAAUCUGGGAAAAUGGAGGCAAUGAUGAAGUUGUUUCUUAAGAUAGUAGCAUCAGGUUCAGAGAUCAACUUUUCUACCUAUUCAACCUUGUUGAAAAAUCUUCUGGCGGCUGGAAAUUGGAGAAAGUACGUUGAGGUUUUGCAAUGGAUGGAAGAAGCAGGACUUCAACCUUCAGUUGCAAUGUACCGGGAUGUGUUGUACUUUGCUCAAAGAAGCGGUGGCUCUGACCUUGCUGCAGUCAUUCAAGAGCGUAUAGAUUCCUUGAAAAGUAGGCCUCAAAACCUGGCUUCACGAAACCAGGUGUGCAGUUCGUCACUUUCAGCAUCAGAGUUGACAGAGGAAUGUGAACUUCAUCCCCAAAUAGCAACAUAAAUCUGUGCAAUUUGUUCAAAGUUAUAGUACGAAAGACUGAAGGAUAUGCUCAGUUUAGGUCAAUUUUGUAUAUUGGUCAAUAUUGUAUAUUGGUUUUACCUGUGUCACUGUCAUAUAUUCCAAGUCUGUAGGCUGCUCGCGUUUUUCCAUCAUAUGGAUCUUUUAGUAAAUAUUUGUAAUUAUAGAUCUUUUUGUAAAUUUUUUUGAUUAUGGCUGCAAUAUAUCUUUCCUCUUAUUUUUCAGGGAAAUUGCAGUUGACAAGACUAGUAGAAAUACAAAAA